CUUGAGCACUAUGCUGAUUCCAUUUGCUGCUUUGGUAUGACCGACAACUACAACACCGAAGCUACUGAGCAGCUUCAUAUAGACUAUGUGAAGGAUGCAUAUAGGGCGACCAAUAAGAAGGAGAUUUUGCAACAGAUGACAAGAUGGCCAGAGCGACAGGAAUCAAUGGCUGCAUUUGAC